UCAGAGAUGAGUGAGAAGGCCAAAGACAGGGAUAUGUGUGGUCUGCAAAGUUCUCCACCCUGUCUGGGAGCAUUCCUGCAUAUCCUUAAUUGUUUUCUUUUGUUGCUGCUCCAGAAGGAGGCUCUUGCCUGUCCAGCUGCUUGCCAGCUCUGCACAGGGAGACAAGUUAGCUGCCGUAAUUUAGGGCUUUCAAGCAUCCCGCAAAACUUCCCCAAAACGACAGUUCUUGUGUACCUCAGUGGCAAUAAUAUAUCACGUGUCACUUCGAAUGAACUAAGAGGCCUUCAGAAACUUGCUGCGCUCUACAUGGAUAACUCCAGUAUUUCGUAUGUACACCCGAAAGCUUUUGUGGAACUCCCCCAACUGUGCUACUUACAUCUAAAUAACAAUAAUAUUAAGCGCCUGGAUCCAGGAAUCUUUGAAGGUCUUUCCAAUCUUCACUGUUUAUACCUUCAGAAUAAUCAAAUAGCUUUUGUUUCCAGAGGAUUAUUUAGUGAUCUCCUUUCUGUUAGAUAUUUAACACUUCAAAGAAAUCGUAUCAGUGUCAUUGGAAGUGGGACUUUCUUGGGAAUGUUAAGUCUCCAAACACUUAAUUUAGCCAAUAAUAAGAUUUCACGGAUAUCAGAUUCAGCAUUUCAUCAUCUUGAAAAUCUUUCGUAUUUGUUCCUUGAAGGUAACAAUUUAACACUUGUGCCAUCGAAUGCUAUUGGAAGGCUCAAAAAUCUUGAAAGACUGUCUUUGUCUCACAAUCCCAUUGGAUCAAUACAGCCUUUUGCGUUUAAAGGACUUAACAAGCUUAGAUAUCUGUCUUUAAAAAACGUAAAGCUAAAAUGUAUUGCUGUAAAUGUGUUUUUUGGAUUAAACAAUCUUAGGCAGUUAAUCUUAAGUUAUAAUGAUUUAGAAAAUAUAAAUUCCAGCACUUUUACUUUAUUGAACAAUUUAACAUAUCUGCAGCUAGACAGAAACAAAAUAACCAGUAUUGGCGAUGGUACCUUUGAAAAAAUGGGACAGUCACUUAAAAUACUCAGUCUAGCAUUUAAUAAUAUUACAGAGUUACAGCCUGAAGUUCUCAAGCCCUUAGUGUCUUUAACUCAUCUACAGGUCAGUUAUAAUCCUUGGAACUGCAGCUGCAAAAUGCUUGGGUUACUUAAUUGGCUAGCAUCAUCACCUAUUGCUGUAAAAAUUCACUGUCAGAAUCCUCUGAGUAUGCGUGGUAGACCUUUGCAUUACAUUAAGUGGACUCAGUUUGCAAACUGCAGUAGCCCUACUGCGAGCCCAGAAACAGCUUGGAGUCUAGGAUAUGUAGGUGUCCAUCACAGCACUACCACUUUGCUGAUGGCAUGGCAUAAGGGAAACAGGCACAACACAUUUGAACACUUUGUCAAUGCAGAAACAAAAUAUGUUGCUUUCUGGGAAGGAACUACAGCUACAUCUGCUAACCUGUUGCCCUAUGAAGAAAAUGCUGCUGAAGUUCCAUCACGGGCAACUACAGUAUUAUCAACAUUACCAGUGCAAAUACCAGUACAGAUUAUACCUGUUAACAGAACCGUAGAAGGAAAAGUAUUCUUUCCAACAGAUGCUGCUCCUGUAUCAUUAAAAACAUCCCUAUUUUGUACACAGCAGGUUGAAAAGCUGAAUCAGGCUUUUGACAUUUUACUAGCCUUUUUCAUUCUGGCUUGUGCUGUGAUCUUGUUCUUAACUUGUAAAAUUAUUCAGUUUAGGCAGAAAUUAAAGGUAAUGGAAAACUCAGGGGAAAAGAGAAUAGAAUAUUAUGGGUUUUAUCAGCCUGGCAGAUACAACAUAACUGACCCAGUGCAGUCUCUAACUCGGAAUUCAAUGGAGCAUUCAGAACUGGACCAAAUCAGGCUGCUCAAGCGAACAGCAUCUGAAAGUCAGGCACAGGUCAUAUUGUUUGAACAUUCGUCACUGUAAUUUAUCUAAUUUGAUUUGACGUUAACUUUAUUGUGAUCUCAAAUCUCAAGAAAGCAGGAACCUAAUUUUCUAAAAAUACAUUCACUGAUUAAAAUGAACUGGUUGAUACAAUUGUGGAAAAUGGUAUAAUUAGGGUUCUGUGUCAUGUGCUUCUUCAAUGUUUUGAAAUUGAUUAUUUUUUAAAUUAGAUGACAUUUAGAUCUGACAUGGGUAGGUGUAUUAUCCUCUGUUCCUGUUGUAGGAACCUUUCACCUGUAACUCAAGUAUAUACGCAGUAUAAAGUACACAUUUAUUUUUCUUUUACAAUACUUAAUAGCAUAAGUUUCUAUAGAAAUUCCAUAGCUAACUGGAAGCUUGAAGCAAGCAAAAUAUCAAUUUUUAUCAGGCUCAUGAAGCUAAGAAACCCAUGGGAUGAGAAAAAGAGCAAUGCUUAUUUAUUGUAAUAUAGUUUCA